ACGCGAGUCUGUGUUGGUCCAGUCACCUAUAGGCUCCAGGAGAAGAAGCGGGGAUAGAAGAAGAGGUAAGGGGAGGAGAGUGAGAGCGAGAGCGAGAGCGAGCGGAGAAAGCUUCACUCUCCGGUUAUUGCCCUCACCACCGAUUUGUUCGCCAAUCUUUAUGAUAUCUGUUACCAUCCGAGGUGGUGAAAUGUAUUCGAGCUCGAUUCCUCUGAGGAGUGGCUUAUUGAUCGCUUGGAGCUCUCCCGACUCCUCUGUUCGUCUUGGUUUGCGCCCAAAUUUAAAGACCCAAAGCAUUCGGCUCCUCUCCAAAAGGCAGAGAUGUCCUAGGGCAAGCCUAUCUUCCGAUCCACUUCUGGUUCAGGCUGCUAGAGGAAAUGCAAUAAGUCGGCCUCCGGCAUGGAUGAUGCGCCAAGCAGGAAGGUAUAUGGCUGUUUACAGAAAGCUUGCCGAGAAAUAUCCAUCCUUCAGAGUGAGAUCCGAGACAGUUGAUCUCAUUGUAGAAAUUUCUUUGCAGCCAUGGCGAGCUUUUCGGCCAGAUGGGGUCAUUAUUUUUUCUGACAUACUUACACCUCUACCCGCAUUUGGUGUUCCUUUUGAGAUAGAAGAUGUAAAAGGGCCUAUUAUUCAAUCACCAAUUUGUGAUGAGGAAGGGCUUAAAUGCUUGCAUCCCAUUGACCUAGAGAAGCUUCAAUUUGUUGGAGAGUCUCUGAUGAUCUUGCGUGGGGAGGUUGGGAAGAAAGCAGCAGUGCUUGGUUUUGUUGGGGCACCGUGGACAAUCGCUACAUAUAUUGUGGAAGGGGGUACUACUCGCACAUACACAACUAUAAAACGCAUGUGCCAUACUGCACCACAUGUCCUGAGGGUUCUCCUUUCUCAUCUAACUCAAGCAAUAUCUGACUAUAUCAUUUUCCAAGUGAAAUCAGGAGCUCAGUGCAUACAAAUUUUUGAUUCUUGGGGUGGACAAUUGCCACCUCAUGUUUGGGAACAUUGGUCAAAACCAUAUAUCAAACAGAUAGUGAGUUCAGUCCGGAAAGAAUGCCCUCAGACACCACUUGUGUUGUAUAUCAAUGGUAAUGGUGGUCUAAUUGAGCGCAUGACUGGAACUGGAGUUGAUGUGGUUGGGCUUGACUGGACGGUGGAUAUGGCAGAUGGAAGGAGGCGUCUUGGCAAUAAUGUUAAUGUGCAGGGAAAUGUUGACCCCGCAUAUCUUUUCUCCCCUCUUCCUGUUUUGACUGAUGAAAUCCAUAGGGUUGUGCGGUGUGCUGGCAGACGGGGGCAUAUACUUAAUCUUGGUCAUGGCGUUCUCGUCAACACCCCAGAAGAGGCCGUUGCUCACUUCUUUGAUGUCGUGAGAGGCUUGAGCUAUGACUCUCUUUUUGAAGAUGAUGUGGCGGUCGACGAAUUAGAGCCUUUGACUCGAUUGUGAAAUUGCGAUGAUGCUAAAUCGGUGAGUCAAAUCAUUUCAAUUGCUUUGUUAUGUCACAACUUUGCAAUCUGUAGCAAGGCUUGUUAGUGUUGUUGAUUCCACAUGUAUGCCAACUCCCUAGUAGUUUAUUCAGUAUUCCUUUGCCUGUUACCGCCAUGUAGGAGGAGUACACCGUUUUCCUGUCAUUGCCUUGUGUUCUUAUUAGGAAGGACAAUUGGCUUAAAUUCUCAAACAAUGGUCUUUCUUUAACUCUCUGUCCUUUUUGACUCUGAUUCAAAUGUUCAAUUAGGUGAUAAAA